AUGUCUCACAAAGCUGCACUCCAGAGCUCUCUGGAAUCAACCAAGGCUGAAUAUAAGAAGCUUGGAAAAUGUGGACUUCGUGUCUCUGUCCCUAUCUUAGGUGCUAUGAGUUUUGGCGAUCCGGGUUGGCAGUCUUGGAUUCUCGAUGAAGAAAAGUCACUCCCACUUCUCAAAGCAGCAUAUGACCGAGGGCUCAACACUUGGGAUACUGCCAAUAUCUACAGUAAUGGAAAAUCGGAAGAGAUUAUCGCCAAAGCACUCAAGACGUAUAAGAUUCCCCGUGAUAAAGUUGUCAUCUUGACCAAAUGCUUCGCUUAUAUUGGAGAAGAAUAUUCGUAUCAAAAUGAGCCAGAAAUGCCAAAGACAAAGGAUUAUGUCAAUCACGGUGGUUUAUCCCGGCAAGCCAUUUUCCAGGCAGUUGACGCGAGUCUAAAGAGACUUGACACGCCUUAUAUUGAUCUUUUGCAAAUUCACCGAUUUGACAAAGACGUUCCAGUCGAAGAGACAAUGCAGGCAUUGCAUGAUUUGGUUCGAUCUGGAAAAGUGAGGUACAUCGGCGCAAGUUCAAUGUUUGCAUUUCAAUUUGCUAUUUUGCAACACUGUGCCGAAGUCAACGGCUGGACGAAAUUCGUGUCCAUGCAAAAUCAUUACAACCUCCUUUAUCGUGAGGAGGAGCGCGAGAUGAACAAGUAUUGCGAUCUGACAGGUGUUGGAUUAAUUCCUUGGGCACCUCUUUGCCGUGGCAUUCUUGCUAGGCCACCUUCUGCAGACAAGACCGAGCGCUCAUCUCAAGACAAAUCCAAGACAGGAUACAGUGAUGUCGACAAGCAGAUUGUCAAGCGCGUGCAAGAGAUUGCCGAGAAGCGUGGGUGGAAGAUGAGUCAUGUGGCACUCGCAUGGAUCAAUAAGAGGAUCGCCAGUCCGAUCAUUGGCUUCAGUUCAGUAGAGAGGAUGGAUGAGGCACUUGAGAUUAGGGGCAAAGAGUUGACAGCUGAGGAGGAGAAGUAUCUAGAGGAGCUAUACGAGGCUAGAUCAAUUGAAGGACAUCAGUGA